AUGACUGGUGAUCUGGCUGACAAAGAUAAAAACCCUAUUGAGAAAAAUGAUCAACCCACUGACAUAGUAAAUAUUGAGGAACUGGACUCUGAUGAUGUUCCCAUCGGUCAAAGAAUGGCUCUAGGUAUAGCUAAAAGAUUGAAGAAUAUAAAAGGUCAGGCUAUUGAAUACUCCAGCACACCCUCCAAAUCUAUCAGGAAAAGAGCUAGUGGUAGUACUACAAAAAGAUGGAGCAAGGUUGUUACUCCUGCGUCUAAGAAGAAACCCCUGAAGAGGAAGGAAGUUCCUUAUGAUUCUAGUGAAUAUAACCAUGAUGUCGAACACAAUAUUCAGGACAUCAUCUCUACUUCCAGAAAAAAAGCCUCUAGGAAGAAGAUUCCAGCUAAUAUUCCUAAAGUUCCAAUUGACAACAUUUCCUUUCACUAUGUGGAGAAUGUCGAAAAUGGAAGUUUGUUUAUCAAAGAAAAAUUAGCUCUAGAAAGGGAACUGGGGAAAGAUGCUUUUGAAUGCAAAGAGGUGAUGAGUCUGAUUCAAGAGGCUGGUUUAAUGAAAAUUGUAACUAGUUUUGGCAAGUGCUAUGAUAUGCUUGUCAAAGAAUUUAUUGUGAAGAUCUCUAAGGAAUGUGACAACAAGAGGAGCAAGGAGUUUAGAAAAGUAGAGAUUAUUGCUAAACAAGUUAAGGAAUGGCCAAGGAAAGGGAAACUGUCAGCAAGUGCCUCUAGUGUGAUGCAUGAUGUUCGCCACAAAAUUGGAGCUGCGAAUUGGGUUCCUACCAAUCACACUUCCAAUAUUGCUAUAGGAUUAGGAAAAGCAAGAUUUGAAAUGUUGAUAAAGGCCCUGUCUGAAGAAGAAGGAAGCUUGAAAGGUGAUGGAAAAUAUGAAGAAAAGGAAAAUGAAGAUGGGUCUGAUGCAAGUGAUGAUGAAUAUGCUACCAAUAGUGAUGAGGACUGA